GUGAACACGUGGGGAGGAGAGACUGACUUUCCACAGGGACACGCUUGGAAAUCUCACGUAAUAGUAUUGCUCUCAUCGUGGCGGCACCGAGGACCCCAAAAUAUCGUGUAGCUGUUAGCGUCCUGAGGAAAUGCCACUGAGGUUUCGCUCUGUUGUGCCCUACACACUGCCUGGAGUCCUGGCACUUAUCAGUUGGUGGUGGUACAUCUCACGGAAGAAAGAGCGGCUCAUCAUCCAUGACAGCCAAGAGGGGGCUCCAACUGCUAUGGGCCUUAGGUCAUCUCUAGCAGAGGGUAGCAACGGUUUGGUUGAGAAACACACUGUAUCCCCCACAAAUGACACAGAAUGCCCCACCCACAUACCACCAAAGGUCAGUAACCAGACAGCAGAACAUGAAAAUAUUUCCCAGGUCCAUGUCCAGGACACUGAAGCAAAAUUACUUUGUUCCAGUGAAGGUGUGAAGGUGCCUUCACUUGAACAAAGUUCUAAUGAAGGUACCCCUCACCUUGUCACAGUAACACAAAAGGAAGUCCAUAAACCCUCUCUCUUGACUCUACCAUCACCUGGCAAAGAAUAUAGCCUGCAGGUGUCAUUGAAGGACCAUAAAGACCCAGAGAAAAGCUCAUCACCUGCCUUGGUAAAAGAACUGGAGAAACACCUAGGCAAAGAUCCAGCUACAGUCGAAGAGGCCAUCUUGCCCCACCAGUCUACCAAAGUUACGUGCUCCUCCUCCACAACAGCAGACCUUUCUGAUGCAGAGAGGCCUGAACCAGAGGGGGAAGUUGCCGAGCACCUCAGCACUGUUAAUGCACAAGAUGACAUGGUUGUUUGUGCAGUCACCCCAGCCAAAGUGCAGAGAGUGAUCCCAUCAGAGGCCGUCUCUUUAGAGACACCUCCUUCAGCGCAGGAUUUCCACCAACACAUUCUAACCAGCACACCCACCUUCCCUGCCCUGACCACCAUCCAAGAUGCCACCACCACAUCAGUGACCCCAGAGGACUUUGACGUACACAAUUGUAGUGGAGAGGACCAAGAUCUGGAGCUUCUGGCAUCUGGACUCAUUACAGAGGUCAUUUCAGCAGCCACCAAGGAGAUCCUUGGUGUUACCAGCUGCCAGGUCACAGACAACAGCCAGCCCAGCUGCAGUAGCAGCACAACACAGGGUAGUGGCAGAUUGUGCUCCCAACAGGAGCCAAGCACAGCAGCACAGCAGCUACUGACAAGCCCCUCUCAGAUAGGCUGUGAGUCUAGAGAGGCAGCAGACAUAGAAGAGCAAGUGAUGCCCAAUGGAUGCUCCCUGCUUAGUCGCAGGGCUCAUCAGACAAACAGUGCACAGAGAGGCCACUGGCCAACAUCAUCACACCAAGCAGCACAAAGUGUCCCUUUGCUAAAUGUGAAACUGAAAGGUGAUGAACCAGCCGUGUUGACUGAGGACUCAGCCUGCAGCACAUGCCACUCUGAGGAUGGCAUCACCAAUGAGGACCUCCAGAACAGCAUAUUUGACAACCAAAUGGAUGUGAUUCAGGUUACAGACUUGUCACCAAGAGAAGCCACACAGCCUCAGUCACUGGUUGAGACUGCCACAGAGGCCAGGGUUUUGACUGAAACUGACAAAAACUCAUUGGAUGCUGUGUGUGAGAUGAAGAGGCUCAAUGGAAUGGGCAUGAGGAAUGGAGCUCAUGGGAUAUGUGAGGUGGAGACAGACCAGUCUGGAGGCUCUGAUGUGAACAGUAUGGACUCAGUGGAUAGCGGCUGCACUAUGGGUGCUGGGGAAAGCCAGAGCAAUCACACUGCCUCCUCGAGCUCUGAGCUUGUCAUCUGGGAAAUUGAGGUGCCAAAGCAUCUUGUAGGGCGGUUAAUAGGGAAACAAGGGAGAUACGUGAGUUUCCUGAAGCAGAACUCUGGCGCGAAGAUCUACAUCUCCACCCUGCCUUAUACACAGGAGUUUCAGAUCUGUCACAUAGAGGGUACGCAGCAGCAGGUUGACAAAGCCCUGUCUUUGAUUGGGAAGAAGUUUAAAGACCUGGAUUUGACCAACCUGUAUGCACCUCCGGCACCCCCACUCACAUUGCCAUCACUUCCCAUGACCUCCUGGCUUCUUCUCCCCAGUGGAGUGACAGUUGAAGUGAUAGUGGUGAACAUUGUGUCAGCUGGUCACGUCUUCGUCCAGCAGCACACCCAUCCCACCUACCAUGCUCUGAGAAGCCUCGACCAGCAGAUGUUCCUCUGUUAUUCCCAGCCGGGCACCCCUGCUCUCCCUUCACCUGCUGAAGUUGGUGUGAUCUGUGCAGCUCCAGCAGUGGAAGGAGCCUGGUGGAGAGCUCAGGUCAUCACCUUCUACAAAGAAACAAAUGAAGUGGAGAUUAGAUACGUUGAUUAUGGUGGCUAUGACAGAGUUAAGACUGACUUACUACGGCAAAUAAGGUCGGAUUUUGUAACACUACCUUUUCAAGGUGCUGAAGUACUGCUUGAUAACAUCGCCCCACUUCCAGGAGAGGAUCGUUUUUCACCAGAGGCUACAUCAGCAUUGGAGGAGAUGACCAGAGGAGUGGCAUUGCUUGCACAGGUUUCAAACUACGAUAACAACACAGGCCUUCCACUCGUACACUUGUGGAACAUGGUUGGAGAUGAGAUAAUAUCAGUGAACCGUACGCUGGCAGAGAGAGGCCUGGGUGUUUGGGUGGAUGGAUUUUGAACUCCGUCCCCUAACCUCCAUCCCUGUAUUGUCUUGUUACCAGUCCAAGAACCAAGAUCAUCCUGGGUUCUUGGAUGAUCCCCACUGCACACACCAAUGGAUCUAAGAAGAUUGUUUUUCCCCCUCCGAUUCUUUUCAAAAUGAAUUUAAAAUUAUUUGCUGGCAUAAUGUACAAGAAUGCAACUGCUUCAGAAUAAGACACCCGUCCCCUUUUGUUCUUGUACACAAAAUGAAAUUAAAGAAGGAAAGGAAGAGGUACAGAUUUAAAAAAAAAAGAGAGAGAGAGAGAAAGACAGAAAAUCUAUAUAUUGUAACUAAAUAAAGUUUCAGUAUUUUUUUCCUCCCUCAUCCUACCAUAUUUUUUGCUCUUGGCCUUGGCUCACUGAGUGUGGAUCAUCAUGCUGUGUGGAAGGACACAUCUCCAUCGGUAUGUGUAGUCACUUGUAAAUGGUUUUGAUUUUCAUUGACACUGAGGCUGUAGUCUAAUGUGUAUGUCUAUACAAUUCCAGUUGAUUUAGCAGAUAUGUUGGGGUUCUUGUUUGUAUAAUAUAUGGGGUGCAAAAAAGGUAUAGAAACUGAUGGGUGCUAGCACAAUAAAGAGUAGAGGGUGGUCCCUGGUGGAGCAAAGCACAGUUGGUUUGACUUGGCCCUGUGACCUCAAGAGACAAGGACUCUCUGGGGUCUCUAUCCAGAGCUGCUGUUGCACUUCUAAAUAAGACAGGAGUGUGGUGGUUGCCUUUGCUCCACUUUUUUUCCACCAACCUACUGGGCAAAAUGCAGUUGAGCUGUUUUUUUAAUACGAACUCAAAAUUUGACAAAAUUUUCUUUACUCAGUAUUUCCAAGAUGCAUUUUUCUGACAGCCUAUCAGCAAGGCCGCAUAUGUCUGAUGAUACAGAUCAUUAUGUAGGGACGUUUUUUAAUCAUAUGCAUAUAUUCUGGUUUUGACUCUAAAGACUGACAUGACUCUAGAGGUUCAGAAUUUAUUGUAGCACCUCCAGAUCCCAAAAUGUAGUGUCCUCAAAGAUUAAUUUAUAAAACAACUACUACUGCAACUACUGCAAUUGAAAUUUUCAUUUUAACAGCACCACAACUGAGUUUAUUUUGACUCUAUCAUAGACUUUAUAACAAAUGGUUAAACAUUUGAAUUUGAAGAGAAACAAAGCUGCUAGGGGUCUGUGUUGACUAGUCUUCACUGAUGUACCAUUACCAAUCUUUCAUGUUGUUCAAAACAUUGUCUCAUGGUUGUCCUGGUCUGAUGAUAAGAAAUAGGAUUAUUUUUUUGAGCUGAAUGCAGCAUUCAUAUACUGCUUGUGAUUAUCUCAUCUGGAACAGAGUAGCAGACAGCUGCUGUUAUCCUGAAACUCUGAGCUGUACAAGGACUUAAUGCAAUGAGGGAACCACUAAAAACUCUGACAUGGGAAAGAAACAUUGCACAAGAUUUAGUUUGCAGUGCUGCUCUUUUGUGUUGACCUGAUAUUAACUGUUAAUCUAGAACCAGUUUGUGUCAUUAGUAUGCAUGGUAAACCAGCCCAGGAGCACCACUGCUUGGUGCUCUUCACUGUGUAGACACUUGUGGUAAACUCAGUGUUGAAAGUCUCGGUAGUCUGUCACCAAUCAGCCUGUGUUAAGUGCAUUGUGAUGCAUUAUAGAGCAGGACCUUGUUCUUCACAUUUUCAUUUUCUUUGAAGCUGGCUUUAAGUUAAUUGAGAGCUGCUGUUAUAGCACCAAGUCCUCAACCUCAAAUCUGAUUUCUAAUAGAAUUCUGAUUUCAGGGGCCUGUAUCAUGAAGCAAGGUCAACUUGUCGCUCUCUUUGGGACCCCUGACUUCGCUGAACCUAUCAUUAAUGAUCGUGUGUGUGUGUCUGUGCUUUCUCCCACAGUAUCUCCCAAGAUUAACAAAAAUCCUGGAUUUGUCAUAUACAUUUAUAAUUGAAUAGGAGCUAAUUAAUAGAGUGUGGAUUUCUUUUUCUAAUAAAAGAUGACAGAAGGUAUCUUUUAUUGUCAUUUUCAUCCCAAAGUCACUUCAUGUUAUUCUUAGCUGAAGUGAUUAAAUAAAACAUCAACACUGUCAGGUAUGAAGCAAUCCACAAUCAAAAUGCUAACGUAAUUACCAUUAUUUAUAGGCUAUUUAGUGUGGUAAAUGAUCCCCUUGCUUGUUAGAAGCUCUGUUUUAAAGAGUGGAUACUUGGAAAUCCUGAAACAAAGUGAUUGUACUGAUCUAUCAAUUUUUUUUGUGGCUGUUGGUGAUCUACCAUGGUAGUCUACCUCAGUUUAAAGUGAGCCAGGAAACCUGAGUCGAGCCAAAAGCUAGCCAGCUAACCCACUAAUCUGACUUUGAUAGAGACCCCAGAUGAGAACAUUUAUAAUUAUUGAGAAUCAUCAAGAUGCUAUGGUGAAUUAUGUGUUACCUUAAUUUGAAAAUAAGAGCACAGUGUCACCCAAAAUAACUCAAUCCAAAAUUGACAAACUGUCUUUGACAAACUAAACCUACUGGAUUAAAAUUAACAAAAUAAUUUUAGCUGGCUAACAUCAGGUUGUCCUGAGGGGAGUGUCAUAAAAAAGGAUCAUAAGAGCAGGGUUUAUUGCUUGACUUGAGUGAACCCAACAAACCAAUAUUACAUUUUGAUUAACUCAGUUCAAAGCAAAGCUAAAGUGGUCAGAUUAGUUGAAAAGCAUCUAAUGAACAUAGACAAAGUGUGGAUCAGCCUGAAAAUUAACCAAACAAGGAUGUAGUGUUAAAUGAUCCCCUUCUAACAAACAGGAGGAUCAUUUACCACACUACACUUUAUCAAACUGAAAAUAAAUUUGAUUUACCUGGUAAUCUGUCUGAAUGAAACACCACUCUUGGUUAUGUAAAACCACUUUUGAAAAAUAGGAGGGAGCAGAGCUGAGCAGAGAGAACCACAGUUCUGCAACAUGUUACAACAGCAUCUUCACCUUUGGUUUUCACUCUGCAUCUGAAAGCCUUGUCACUGUGGUAUAAAUAUUUUUUUCAGACACUAAAUAUUAAUGUGUAGUGUCAUGAAGUCUUAAGGGGCUGAAUGAACUGUGUUAAGGAUUCAUUUUCACAAUAACUCAAUACUCUUAACUCCUAUGUAUUUCAGAUUUUGAGUGUUUUCAUUGGAAAUGAAAUCACUUUUACUCUAGCAAUAAGGCAGCUUUAUUUUGACAAAUUGAAGGACAUAAUGGGAAAAGGGUGGGUUUAGGUGGUACAUUUGACAAAGAACUAGAAAUGUCAACUGCGUAACUGUUAACAAGCAUAAAGUAAACCACUUAAAUGUUCCUCAAUAAUACAUAGUUUCAACAAUAUAUCUCAGGAAUGGUUAAUUUGGUGUUUGAUUUGUGGAUCAACAUGCUUUGGGAUAUCUGAUUGAGGAAGGGGGUAUGAUUUUGCUUGAAAAGAUAAAAUUCAGAUGUUUAGGAAAUUAGGCAUUUUGACAAUGAAUUACAUACAGGACAUGUAUAAGUUCUUUAAGAAGGUGUCUAUAUGUUGGUGCUGGAAUCAGAGCAGUAGCCAUAUUGUCUGUUGUUGUGCAUCUUUCCAGUUUAACAUGAAGUAUCUGUCCCUUUUUCUUUCUUUUUUUAAUCCAAAUUAAAUAUGACAUAUUACUAUAUUUCCCGCCCUCUUUAAGACAACCCAGAGACCCUCACCACGUUUAAAAUCUGUGUAAUCAAACAAGAGUUUUGUUAAUUUCUUUGUAAAUAAGAUGUUUGACUGUACUUUUCUAUAACACUGGAGUGAAAGUUAUAAAGGGAACAUUAUUUUUUUGUUUUGGUUUGAUUUGUUCUGCAUCAUCCUGCCUCCCCUCUUUCAGAGUCAGUGUUCUCAAGCUGUGACUGAUUUUUUUUAGUGUUUAAGUCAUUUGAUUAUUUAAAUGGGUGUUAAACUCUUACACCUGAAAGCAUUUAACAUGUACAGAUCAGUUUUUGCUGGGCUCAUCUUAGGUUUGAUUUGGUGAUUGUACAGAUGCAUUAGGGGGAAAAAAUAAAAGUUAUUGAAAGUG